AUGGACAUUCGCGUACUCCGCCCAGAAGACAUUCCACAUGUGCAACUCGCCAACAUUACGAAUCUGCCGGAAAACUACUUUUGCAAGUACUACCUGUACCAUGCGUUGAGCUGGCCGCAAUUGAGCUACGUAGCGGUAGAUGUAUCCCGCCGCCCCAAAACCCCCUACGACCCGCCCAAAAUUGUGGGCUAUGUGCUCGCGAAAAUGGAAGAAGAACCCACCGACGGCGUCCAACACGGCCACAUCACCUCGCUAUCCGUCAUGCGCACGCACCGCCGCCUCGGACUGGCCGAGAAACUAAUGCGCCAGUCCCAACGCGCCAUGGCCGAGACGUUCAACGCGCACUACGUUUCUCUGCACGUCCGCGUGUCGAAUACGGCGGCCCUGCACUUGUACCGCGAGACGCUGGGGUUCAAGGUGGACAAAGUGGAAGCAAAGUAUUAUGCCGACGGCGAGGAUGCGUACAGUAUGCGGAUUGAGCUUGCCGAGGUCAAGAGGGGGGUGAAGGAGGAGGAGGACCAGAUUUGGGGGAGUGAGGGCGUCGAUGAGGGCGACGCCGUGGGCAGUGAAGCGCGGGAAGAGGUCAAGUUGGUCAAGAUGGGGAGGGGAAGGGGGGUUGUGGAUUUGGUCGAGAAGAAUGAGGCUGCUGCUACUACUGCUACUGCGUAG